AUGAGCGCAGCGCAGAGUCUCAUCAGCUUGUACACCACUCGAGAUGCGCAAGAGCCGCAGUGGUGGGUUGAACAAGCUUUCAUCAUCACCGCAGGUAUUUGCCUCAUUCUGGAGCUCUUUCAUCGUGCUGAAGCAGACGCGGAGGCACAAGAGUGCCAUCUACAUGUCACGCGAGCCAUCAGGUGCUUGCAACUGUUUCACACGUCAAGUGUUGCAGUGCACGGCGUGCGUCUGCUCAUGUCGCUUAUGGCAGAGUAUGAGAAGCUCAGAGAUGGAUCAAGCCAAAGGUCCACACUAUCAGUGGACACAGCAACCACCCAAACCUGUCCCUAUAUUCCCGGCAAUACGGCUGGUAUUCCCAUGCCGGACACUGACCGUGCGACUCAACAGCUGCCUCUAGAUUCUGAGGUUCAACCAACAUUCGCCGAUCCGACCACGUGGAAUUUCGAUAUCGACAGUCUGGGCUUCGAAGAUCUGAUGGACUAUCUACCCUCAGAAGGCUUGUUGAACAAUAAUGUCCUCAAUGCCAGCAUGUUGUCUGGUACUGGAUGGCCGAUCGACGGCAGUAUGUCUCAGGACCCUGAACUCGACAAGAUGCUUGUGCUCGACGCACUGAGCAGCGGCCUCAACAUAUCCAUGACAGAGCUCCUCAGCAUCCUCGGUCGACAAGCCCCGAUCUCAAACCUUCUUCUCGGACCCGUCAUCAGACCACAGCAAAUCCCCAUGACGGCAGCAUCUCAUCCCGAACCGAGCACGCUUCUACAACAGAAGGCGCCGGCGGCGACGGGGGGACAGCACCUGUUGAAGGAGUUCCACAUUGUAUACUGGACCGCUUUGGGUCUCGUCACCCUCAUCGCUAUAGCGGCUAUCUGGACGAAAGCUCACAUGGCGGCGCAAAAGGGUCGGAAGUCGUUCGAGGCCAAGAAACCUAUGUCAGACGUUGAGAAAUGGCACAUGCGGCGUCAGAAGGCCCGCGAUGAGGCGUCCAUGGCGCUGGGGCAGGUGGAUGAUCAAGCUCCGGGUACGUGA